AUGGGACGUGAAAGAUCUCCAAUUACAGAUAGAAGACGAAGAAGAAGUCGCACACGUUCUAAAUCUCCAGUUUAUUCAAAAAGACGAAAUCAUUAUGAUGAUUCACCAGUAAGAAAACACAGAAGAUCUAGAAGUCGUAGUAGGUCACAUGAAGAUUCUAGAAAAGGAAAAUAUACUCCUGAUAGAGAAGAAAAUUCAAAACAUAAAAAUCAAACAUCAAAAGAUUUACAAAAAGAAAGAAAGGAUUCUAAAAAAGAUCAAAAACCAAAACAAAUAAAUGUUGAUAAGAUAAGUGACUGCGAAGAAGAAAUGAUGAAAGUAAUGGGAUUUGGAAAUUUUAGUACAACGAAAAAUAAAAAAGUAGAAGGAAAUGAUGUUGGUUGUGUAAAUAUUAAAAAAAGUCGAAAAUACAGACAAUACAUGAAUAGAAAAGGAGGCUUUAACAAACCUCUUGAUUUUAUUGCAUAA